AAGAAAAGAUAAAAGCGAACGCUUCCGUUUUCGCUGCAAAAGGGCACGCUGGCGUCUUGAAUGGCAAGAGCACUGACCCGUAGGAAAGAAAAAUGGACAAUGGCACGCUCAGCGGGUUCGCCGUAGAAUAUAAAGACAUCGAACCACCUGAGCUUCUGUCUUGUCCCGAAUCAUUCAUCGUUGCUAAAACCAAUCCUGAUGGAGUAGAAGUGACCUUUGACCUACCUUCUGUGCAUGACAACAGUAAUGGCAGCCUUAAACUAGUGACAACACCAGAAAACCUGACUUCACCUUAUCUCAUUUCCCAUGAUUCAUCAUUCUCAUUUGAGUUCUUUGAUGGUGGUAACAAUAGUGUGAAAUGUACCUUCGACAUACAGGUUAAAGAGGAGUUUGGUGUUGACAUCCUAUAUUGUCCAGAAGAGGUUACUGUGGAAACAGAGAAAGAAGCCAACGUCACGUGGCCUCGGCCAAGGUUCCGCGGAGAGAACUUGACUAACAUAGAGGUAACAAGCUCCAUCAAUGGCACCUCAGCAAUGCUACAGAUUGGCUUCUAUCCUAUCGAGUAUACGGCAGUUAAUAAAUUCACCGGGAAGGAGUCUACAUGUCGAUUUAAUAUCACUGUUAAACCGCUUCCAUGUCCCUUGCUCGAUUCACCUCUAAACGGCGCCUUGUCGUGCCGUAAAUGGGAAACCAUCGAUAUCUGCAGCAUGUCCUGCAAGGAAGGCUAUGACAUCCCUCGUUUAUCAUCAAGACAACAGCCUCCAACACUCUACACUUGUUCUGCAUUGCAGGGUUCAUCCAGGGAAUGGAAACCCAAUGGCAAUGUUGUGGAUUGUUCAGAGGUCAAAGGGAGGCGGUCCCAACUGCCAGCUGGACUAAUCUAUUACGAAGGUGACUGUGGUCAAUUGGUGACCCAACAGAACAUUGCUUCGGCCCUAACCACCCUGAUCCAAGCCUCAACGUUUAGCGAUCUUUGCAACCACAAGCAGUGUUCGGUCACUGACGUAUCUGUCACUUGUGGACCACUGGACAUCCUGUCACCACCACCUGCCCAAAGACGUCGAAGAAUGGUAAGCAGUGAUGCGAUGUCCACAGACAGGUUAUCCGGCGCAAGUCGUCGUAACGUCCCCAGGGCCUCCUGGGCUUCCAAUGUGACGAUGGUGUCUUUCGACAUUUCAACAAGGUACGACAUCAUCGAAGAUUCCAUAGACGACGUUCCAUCCCGAAACGCCGAUGACAGCUUGGUCGAAAUCAAGGAGCAUCUUGCUCAACUGGUCCACGAGAUUAUCCUUACAGGGACUGCAGCAGGUGUAGAUGCUGAUACGGUGGAACGGAUUGCUCAACUGCCAAUUGAUGACUCAUCAUUGGUUCUUGGCGAGGUCAUAUCAAGCUGUGACAAAGGAUAUGUUUCAAGAACAGGAUCACCAAAUCAGUGUGUUGCCUGUCCGCCAGGAUUUUUCUCGGAUGGAGCCAAGGAUGUAUGCAUCCCAUGUACCAGUGGGUCUUACCAAGACGAAUCUGCACAGUCUUCGUGCAAAAUAUGUCCGUAUGGUCAAACAACGUCUAAAGAGGGCGCCAAACACAUUAACGACUGUCGAGACCAAUGUUCCCCUGGAUCAUUCUCACCCUCUGGAUUGGUUCCCUGCAUAUCAUGUGAUCUUCGAUCUUACCAAUCAGAAGCUGGCCAGCGAUCAUGUGAUACCUGUCCCACCAAUCAAAAAACGUAUAGAUACGGGGCGACCUCAAUAGAUGAAUGCUACUUUUAAGUGACUGUCAAACCUGAGAUAAUGUCGUUAUGGUUUAAAUUUCAAAAGAGGAUUUAUAAAUUGAUAUCUGCUUUAAAAAAGUGGCUAAUGGUUUUCACAGUUUCGUCGAAAAAUGUAAUGGGAUAUGAAAUAUGAGAAUGAUGAGUCUUUCCCAUCCACGAGUAGACAAAAAGAUCAUGUGACCUCAUGGCCCGCCAAUUUUCCUAUUUUUCGAAGUAAAAUCGUGGUCUCAAACAUGUCAAAGCGUCAAGAUUUACGUAUAUAUUUUUAAUCUUUUUAAAAAAUUAUUUACAUAGAUCAUGUAGAUUGAAGUAAGAAAGAAUUAAUGCGCAAGAAUUACCAAAAAAAAUAUUUUAACGUUAUUCCAGUGUACUAAGUGCUCCCUUAAAUAAAAAUAAAAAGGAAACUUAAAGAAUUCAUGUCCGCAAAAAAAAAUAGUUUGAAACAAUAUAAAAAUCUGUGUCAUUUAUUUGGUUGAAUAGAGACAUCAAUAUCCCUUGAAUUUUCAUUUCAAAUAUGUAAUGAAGUACAUGUAUAUAUACAUCAUUUACAUCAUCUGCAGGGAUUGCGGUAUUGUCCAUGAUUUGGUAAUGAUAUUUUUUACGAUCAACAUGAUUUUUCAUACCCAGACUACUCACUUAGGAGAGAUGAAAUUUGUACACUCAUAUUAACAGUACUCGCAGUGAUCUUGAUAGCAUAUUGAAGGAACUUAUUUGUAUGUUGAUUUUCUUGAAAUACUUUUUUUAGAUAGUGGUUAUUAGAGAUGUAUGAACCUGUUCAGUUAAUUUUCCUUUUUAUAAGAGAAUAUUGGAUUUCUUUGGUCAGAAAUAUAACCAUGCAUGAGAGUGCUGAAAUGCUUUACUCAGAUGUAAUCAGAUACAUGACACCUCCCUGGGGAAAAUGACAAUCAUCGUUGGUUUUGAUGGGCUAAGAUUUAUAUGUUACACCGCUAACUGUCGAAUUGACAACACGUCAGUGCACACACUCAGCUUUCAUGGACAGGAAUUGACUUUACCAUUAUCUUGCCCCAUACAAUUUGUCGACAGUCAAUAUAGACCUUAUGCAUUGCGUCAUCGCGUCGCCAUUUUUAAGACGAGGCCGUUGUCUUGCACGAGUUGGUGAUCUGCAGCAGCUGGCGCACCUCGGAUAACUCAUUCUACGUGUAUUCCUGUAUCCUCUAAGAGAGGGCGCUCUGAGAGUAUAACGUCAUAUGCAUGAGGUCUAUACAAAUGCUGUUGAUGUUGUUUUAUAAUCGUAUUUAUCAGGAUGCUGGACAUGGAGAGGAAAUAAAGGCGCAUUGUAAAGUCUA